AUGGCUAAGCACAUGAAGCCUGAACCCUUCGAUCGCCAGCUUCGUGAUGCUUUCAAGGUCCUCGAUAAGGAGUGCGCUGGCUACGUCUUCGUCACUGAGCUCCGGACUAAGAACAAUCAAAUGGAUGAUUCUAGUUCUAGUUCAUCUUCUACAGAUAGCGAUUUCGAUGACUUUUCAGAUUUUUUGAUGCUACACCUUCUAAGUGAUUAUAAUGAGAAGUUUAUUGAGAAAAUCCCUCAACGAACAUCUGUUUUAAGUGGAGAGGAUUCUGUGAAACAAUUAUUAGGUGGUCAUGAGAGAACAUGUUACGAAUUAUUGCGAAUGGAUAAGAAUGUAUUUGUUGAGCUUUGUACUUGUUUAAAACAAAAAGAAUACAUUAAGGACACCCGAGAGGUUAAAGUUGAAGAGUCAGUUGCUAUUUUUCUUAUGAUUGCAAUAUGUAAAUUUGGACAAGAUAUCAUUCGUCUAACUCAGUCUCCAUUACCUUCUUGUAUUGUCAAUUCCUCGAAAUACUAUCCAUGGUUUCAGAAUUGUAUAGGUGCAAUUGAUGGAACACAUGUGAGUGCAUGUGUCCCUGCAGAUAAGCAAGUCAGUUACACGGUUAAAAAAAUAUUUUCAUGUACAAAAGGUUUUCUCCCACCAUAUCGUGGUGAAAGAUACCAUUUGCAAGAAUACAAUAGUGGACGUAAUGGACCGCGUUGCAUGAAAGAACUAUUCAAUUAUAGACAUUCUUCACUUAGAAAUGUCAUUGAACGGUGCUUUGGUGUGCUGAAAGCUCGUUUUCCUAUAUCAAAGAUAAUGCCACCUUACAAAUUGAGUCGACAAACUUUAAUAGUAAUUGCUUGUUGUACACUUCAUAAUUUUAUUCGACAACGCACCCAAUAUGAUCAUAUGUUUAGAGAAUGGGAAGAAAAGGAACUUGAGAGUGAAGACAACAUAGAAGGACGUGAAACCAGUGUGUCAAGAUAUGAAGUUAAUUUGUCUGAUGAAUCUGCCACGACAAUGGCACGUGUUCGAGAUCGUAUUGCUCAAACUAUGUGGACGGCUUAUAAUAAUAGAAAUUAG